AGGGUCCAACAUCGCCUCCCUUCUAAUUAUUCUUUUUCGCAUAUCUCCUCUUCUUUAUCUUCUUCCUCCCCUGAAUCCGGGGAAAGAUCAGAGACCUAAGCAUGCAAUCCAUGCAUUUUUCCACCACGAAGCUCCCAUGGCGGACAUGGGUUUUCUUUCUUGUCUUCUUUUUAUUCAUUUCCAGCUCAAUUUCCGACCCGAGAAUCUCUGUUUCUGGCCUUUUCUGCGGUGCUUCAGUUCAGCCGCCAGGCCUUGUCAGCUUAGUCCCUUCUUUCGUUAAGGAAAUGCAGAACCUUUCGCAAUUAAUUACCACGCGCCACUUCGCAACUUACCACCUCGACCGCACCUUCGCGUUUCCCCUGUACGCGCUCGUCCAGUGCCACCACGACCUGUCCCAGACUGACUGCCUCCUCUGCUACGCUAACGCCAGGACUCGCCUCCCCCGCUGUCUCCCUUCACUCUCCGCCUGCAUCUUCCUCGAUGGAUGCUUCUUACGUUACGAUAACUACAGUUUCUACCGCGAGUCCGUCUCUUCCACUUACGAUUCCGUGAAUUGCAGCGUGGAAAACGUUUCACUUAUGGGUGAAGAUCGGGUGGGUUUUGUUCGGAAUGUAGGUUACGCGGUGGGGAAUGUGACUGCGAUUGCGUUGAGGAAUGGAGGGUUCGGGAUUGUUGCAGCGGAGGGAGUCUAUGCACUGGCGCAGUGUUGGGACAGUCUCUCUGUUGAGGGCUGCAGAGAGUGUUUGGACAAGGCAGCGAAGGCGGUGAAAGGCUGCCCGCCGAAGAAAGAAGGGAGGGGGAUGAAUGCUGGAUGUUACCUAAGGUACUCAACGGAAAAGUUCUAUAACGACAGCGGAGAUACAGGGCAUGGCCAUGGAUUUUCUGAACUUAAGGUAAUUUCAGCCAUUGCUUUAGCAACAAUUGCAUUCUCCAUGCUCUUAUGCGCUGCAACUUAUGCUGCCUAUACAAGAUUUUCAAGGAUGAAAAGAGAACACCGGAUAAUUUUGACGAGCUUCAACAAAUCAAGCUUGAAUUUCAAGUACGAAACACUCGAAAAGGCCACUGAUUACUUUAGCCUUCCAAGGAAAAUAGGCCAAGGAGGAGCUGGUUCUGUGUUCAUGGGGAUUCUUCCUAAUGGAAGAACAGUAGCGGUGAAGAGACUGAUUUUCAAUACCCGGCAAUGGGUGGAUGAGUUCUUCAAUGAGGUAAACUUGAUCAGUGGAAUUCAGCACAAGAAUUUGGUCCAGCUUCUUGGCUGCAGCAUUGAGGGCCCUGAAAGUCUCCUGGUUUAUGAGUAUGUACCAAACAGGAGCCUGGAUCACUUCAUUUUUGAUGACAAGAAAUCUAAGCUUUUAAGCUGGAAGCAGAGGUUUAAUAUCAUUGUGGGAACAGCUGAGGGUCUUGCAUAUCUUCAUGGGGGUUCUCAAGUAAGGAUAAUCCAUAGGGACAUAAAAAGCAGCAAUGUUCUUCUUGAUGAGGAUCUCACCCCAAAGAUUGCCGAUUUUGGACUUGCUAGGUGUCUGGCUGCGGAUAAGACCCAUCUCAGCACUGGAGUUGCUGGAACACUGGGGUACAUGGCUCCAGAAUACCUUGUUCGUGGACAACUGACAGAGAAAGCAGAUGUUUAUAGUUUUGGAGUACUCAUUCUCGAGAUUGCUUGUGGAAAAAGGAAUUCUGCCUUCACAAAGGACUCCUCUACCCUUCUACAGACAGUUUGGAGACUGUACAAAUUAAAUACUCUAGCUGAAGCAGUUGAUCCUCGGAUAAGAGAUGAUUCAGUGGCAAAAGAGGCAUCCAGGGUGCUUCAAAUAGGGUUGCUUUGCACACAGGCUUCAGUAGCUUUAAGACCAUCAAUGGCAGAAGUAGUUCAGAUGCUGACUAAUAGAGAUUGUGAAAUCCCUUUCCCUAGUCAGCCUCCAUUCUUGAAUGCUGGCCUCCUAGAUCCAUCAGGCAGCUCCGUAAGGUCUUAUAGCACAGACAGUUUCAUCUCAAGCGCGGCUAGGAAGAUCGAAGCCUGUUGCAGUUCCUCUGUCUCAUCAAGCAAUCACAGCUUAUAUGAUCAGGCCUCAAAAAGUUAAGAAUCAUUGCAGAAGUAGUUUAAUGAAUUGAAGUUUGGGUACCACUUUUUGGGGAAAGAAAACAGGAAUGAUGGUUGAUCUCCCUGAAGCGUGCAUGGAACUCAAAUCAAUUGGAAAUGGGAUGUUUUUGCACAAACGCAGGGCAUCAUAGAUUCUAAUGUUAUUUGACAUAACUGUCUGUCACAGGGAAGUUUCCUACACGAACACCUCAAAUUUUUUUUAGAUUUUUUUUUUCUUCCCUAUUUUAAGUGUAGAUAUUUUUCUCUUUUUUUUUUUUUAUUGAAAAUAACAUGAAUUUUGUGAGCAAUAAUUCGCAAACUGACCAUGGACAUGUUUGUGUUCCAUCCCAUCCUUUUUUUUUUGGAGGGUUCUUUUUCCUUGUCCUUGAAUUAACCCUAAAAAUUCAG